AUGGAUAAACAACUGCUGCUGUCCCGCGAGCGGCUGCUGCAAGCGUUUCAGCAGUUUGAUAGCGAUGGCUCAGGCAAAAUCACCAAUGAAGAACUAGCAAAGCUGUUUGGGAUAACCGCAAUUGACGAUAAAGCGUGGCAUGAGGUGCUGGCUGAAUGUGACAAAAACAACGAUGGAGAAGUUGACUUUGAUGAAUUUGUAGAAAUGAUGCAAAAAAUUUGCGACGUUAAAGUCCGCAACUAA